GAUGUAAUGAUCUGGUACUAGGAGGGAAGAGGAGUACAGACCCAUGGCAUUAAGAAUAGACAGGCGUGACAGUGAGCUAGCAUCACAAGGCUUUUCACUAGAAUAACAACCUUAAAUCAUCAUGUUGGCCUGGGUAGGAAGGUUAUGGUCUUUCCGUAUGAGACAGACUUCAGCUUCGUGGCGCUCAUCCCCCAGAAGGAAAUGGGCCUGCGCGCAUUCACUCUGUGUAUGCGUGUGGCCACCGAGCUGGAAGGUGAGCAGCAGAUCAUCCUGUUUGCCUACCGCACCACAGACUAUGACGAGCUCAACGUGUGGCGAGAGAAAGAUGGCCAUGUCGCCUUCUACCUGAGCGGCGAUGGCGCUUUCUUCCACCUGCCGCCCAUCACCACCUUCAGAACAAGUCUCUGCCUCACCUGGGAGUCCCGUACUGGGCUGGCUGCCUUCUGGGUGGACGGCCACCGCGGCACCUACCAGCUGUACAAGCCGGGCUACACUAUCCGGCCCAAGGGGACCGUCCUCAUGGGGCAAGACACGGACAAACACCUUGGCGACCUGGAGGCUUUGCAGAGCUUUGUGGGAGAGGUGACCGACCUCAACAUGUGGGACUAUCUCUUGCCGAGGAGCCAAAUCCAAGCCCUGCAUUACGGACAUAAGAUCACCAAGGGAAACAUCUUUGACUGGGCCACCAUUGAGUACCAGCUGAACGGGAAUGUGAUGGUGGUGGAUGAUGACUGACUCGGAGUGGAAUCACAAACAAGAUCCAUUUGUGUGUCUGUGCUGGACUGCUACUGACCUUUUAAGUUAAGUUUGGUGUCCUAGGUUUAGUCACGUUCACACCUUAUGCAGUCAAUGGACUAUGCUCACGCACAGAAUAUCAGUAGUUCAUAAGAAAAUAUUACUUAUAUUUUGUGAUCAUUAAAUAGUCUAUGCAAGUCAAAACCAGAUCCUUCACCAGACAGGCACAUGUAUAGACCAUGUAUAGCACUACACUCUUUCAACACAAUUCUUCUUUAGACAUUCACUAUUUAUAGAAUACUGUAGAUACAGUAUGUCCACUCACCUUCUGCAUGGAUGGUGAGAUUAACUAUAUUUUCUAAGCAUUACAUUCAWUAUGUUAAUUUAUGAAACAAGAUGCCAAAAUUGACACUUUUUUUCACAGUGGAAGUUUAUUAGUCGCCUUUUGCAACCUGCUAAUUAUCAUAAAUGUUCAGUACAAUUUACAUACAUGAUUAAAAUUAAGCUGGUAUUUAGUUACAGAGCUAAUGUAUUUUUUGCUCUCAGCAUGAUUUCAUGUUUUAUGUGGCUUUUUAUACAUUUCUCACGUGGCUGGUGAGUACUAAUUUCAGUGGAAUGUAUUGUUGAUGUACCUAAUUUAACCACAAGGUGGCAGUAUAUGCUCGAGUUUUUAUUCAGUGAGCGACGAAUAAGACUAUUUAUUUGUUUAUUUGGAUCCCCAUUAGCUUUUGCAAAGGCAGUAGCUACUCUUCCUGGGGUCCACAAAAAACACAACAUGACAAGUAACAAAACAUUGAUACACUGAUAUACAAGGACAGUCGCACAAAUAUAUAAUACAAUGAUAUACAAACAAUACAACAAACAAAAAUUAUUCAAACAUUACAACAAAAAAAUGUGUGUGUUAGAGUUUGUUGGUGUGUGUCCCCUCACACAAACAUACGAAUGGUGUGGCAUUCUUAUGCUCAAGAUUUCAAUUGCCUUUGAUACCACUAAUGAUUCAUUAUUUUUAUACUUAAUAUUUUAACUGUGCUUUGAGACAAACCAUUGCCAUAAUGUUGCCUUUGGUUAGCACACUCCCUCAUAAAUUGUCUAUGUUUAAACUGAUGUAAGAAUGCUUUUGGGUCUGAAAUUAAAUCCUGGCAUGUACAUAACUAAAAGUAUGUGUUAUUUAAGAGAAAAUAGGUAUUUUAAGUUUUUGAGCAUCCUAUUUGUAUUAUUGCCUACCUAUAAUGCCGGU